CCGGCGGCGGCUCGGGGUCGGGGGCUGUGGGGACAGACGGCCCAGGCUCUUCCUGACCGCUCUGCAUGGACCGAGGAGACCGCAGCGAGGGGCCUGCAGCCAGCCCGGUGGGCCCGGCGAAGAUGGACGCUGGUGUUCUUCUUUUGGCUGAUGAGAAGUUUGACUUUGACCUUUCAUUGUCUUCCUCAAGUGCAAACGAAGACGACGAAGUCUUCUUUGGACCUGCUGGGUGUGAAGAAAGACAUUUUCCUGCCAGCGUAGGACUAAACAGUCAAAUUCCCGAAGCACCUCUUUUACCGGCAUCUGAAAGCUGCUUGCCCUGGAGCCCUCUCACAGGGGAGAAGUUUGUGGAAGUCUAUAAAGAAGCUCACAUGCUGGCGCUGCAGAUUGAAGGCAGCAGCAAGAACAAGGCUGCCGACGCCGAGAAGCCCGAAGGCCCUGGAGACCAGGGCGUGGAAAUAUUUGUGCAGGAAUCAAAAUUAAAAACAACCAUUUUUGAGAAAGGAAGUGAAAUGAAGAAAAGCCCCACGUCAUUGAAGAGGGAGACGUACUACCUGUCGGAGAGCCCGCUGAUGGGCCCACCACGCUCGGGGCUUCAGCUUCCCUCAGGCCUGGCCCUGCUCCCUGGCUCUGCCCAGGCCCUGCAGAGCACCCGUGCCCCAGCCAGCCUCACCCGGAUGCAGGAGACCUGUCCGGCUUCUCGUUCUUCUCUGGCAGCGGAGCCAAGUGCUGUUCACCUUCCGAGUCAGGCAGUAACACAGAAAAAGAUUGUAAGCAAAUUGCAGCUGCCCCGAGCUUCAUCUGGCAGAGGAAAAAGCACUCUCUUGGCUGUGGAGAAGCCUAAGAAAGAGACAUCAGCUAGUCCUUCCAGGACGAAACUCCUGAAUGAUAAGGAGUCCCACAGAGAAGUACUCCCUGAGAAGUCCAGAGCGGCCCCGGUUGCAGUCACUGUGCCAGCCCGCAGAAGCCACUUGGUACCAGGCAAGAGAGCACUGCCUGUGCCAAACAAGUUGGGGCUAAAGAGGACCCUGUUAAAACCCCCUGGUCGCACUAGCAGUCUUGCAAGGAAGAGCUCGUCCUCGGGGUCUGUUUCCGGUGCAGCUUCUGGUGUGGGCACUUCCCCAGCAGGAGGUGAAGCUAAAUCAGGUGACCUAGUAGGUGUUCCUGCCAACGGUUCCCGGGCUGUGUCCAACAGGAGUCUGAGCAGACUGGGACCCCCCACCCAGCAGCAGUCUUGGCGGUCAGGUCCUGCAGAUGCAUCCUGCAAGCAAACACAGUUGGCGGACGUUGCCGAGUUCAUGGCAGAGCAGCCUGAGGGGCCCAGCACAGCUUCCUUCAUGCAACCACGGACUCCAGAAAAUGCAGGCCUGAAGCUGGACUCCACGUUCAGUUUGCCAAGAUCUUCUCAAUUGAAUACAACCGGGAGUACAAGAAGGCGAGAUUCCUGUCUAAGUUCCAAGACAAAGAUUAUGCCUACCCCUACAAAUCAAUUUAAAAUUCCUAAGUUUUCUAUUGGUGAAUCCCCGGUCAGCGCCACCCCACAGCGUUUUCGAGCACAGAGGCCACAGUCGUGCACAUCAGCUGGGAGGGUUGUCCACAGCACUCCCAUCAGACAUUCGUCUGGGCCAGCCUCCCAAAGCCUUCUCCCCAGCGUGAGAACCCCCGUGAGCAUAAAACGUGCACCGGCCAUGCCCACCCCUGCUAGCCACCGCCUCUCUGGCCUCCUGUUGAUGACACCACGGACCACGCCACGGGCUCUGGCUUCUGCCCAGUGUGUGCCUGCUCGGCGACUUUCUUCUGAGCCCCGGAAGAGAUCUGGAGUGAAAAAUGAACCAGCCACCCAGAGCAGCAGAAAGGUCGCUUCCAGACCCUCCGACUCCUCAUCGGACGGAAGCUGUUCUUCCCCAUCUGCUGUACCCCAGGCACUUAAUUUUUCUCCAGAAAAGAGAGAUUUUACUUUCUCAAAAAAUACCACUACAGAAGCAACUCUGACUGAAGCAAAGACAACUGAAAACACACCCCUGAGUGAGGCUGUUCUUGUAGAUAUCCAACUGGAUCAGCUUACCAUCACCCCAAAGGCUGAGAGCAGGCCCCUCGUUGACCUCCCACUCAUCGACUUCUGCAAUACCCCAGAAGCCAAUGGAGGCCAGCUUCCACUGAAACCCUCUGUGGCUUUGGAAUCUGAAAGUAAACCUCUGAUUGACCUGAUGAUAAACACUCCAGACAUGAAUAAAGAUGUGGUACUGAAGCCUUUACAAGUCGUGGGCCAGCUGAUAGACCUGGAGUCCCCUCUCAUCCAGCUGAGCCCUGCAGCCGACAAGGAGAAUGUGGAGUCCCCGCUCCUCAAGUUCUGAGCAGAGGACCUUCCCACGUUACUCUGUUAACAGAACAGUUCGUCCAAUGUGGUUUUCAACCCUUAGAAAUGAAUUUUAAGAGAAAUUGUAUUUAAAAAAUAAAAAGCCAAGUGAGUGCACUUUGCCUGGUGGCUGUGGGUGAGGGACUUGUGUCGUGUCUACAGCAUUUCUCUGCCCUCCUCGCCCUGUUUACACUGGGCCAAGUCGCUACACACUGAGGGUUUUGUCUUCAAAUCUCUUGUAUGUAAAAUGUCAAGUAGCUGUUUUUUAAAAUUAAGUUUGUGUGAAAAGUUAAAUAUUCCAGAUUUAAAAUAAAUUUUGAAAUGACUUUCAGUAUAUUAAACUUCU